AGUCCUUGCCGGUUUCUCCAGAGUGGAGCUCCUCAGUGAAUUGAGGACGUUGCAAUGCGCCUGCACUCUGCAGCCGGAGCCCCUUUGCGCUCCGUUGAGGCAUCGCGAGGCGCCUUUUCUAGGGAGUGAGGUGGGAGCGUCCACUAAUUCGCGGGCGCCUGGAAAAGCCCAAAUUAAAGACAGGCCGUUUGGCCUUGGCACCAGCCCCCGAGUCGCAGAAGGACGGGGAAGGAGUCUGAAGCUGAGCGAAGCUUUCUUGGGGAGGACGGAGUGCUCCAGGGCGAGUUGAGGAGGGAAGGAGGAGUGUCUUGUAAUUCAAGGCCAGCGGUGGAUCAUCCGGGCCUUUUUUUUUUUUUUUUUUUUUUUUUUUUGUGGUGGCUGUGAAAUGUGGGAAGAGGACAAGAUCCUGCUCGUAGGCAGCAGCGAUGCGGGUCUGACCAGCGCCGCGGCGCGGGGACAAGUAGAGACUGUGCGGCAGCUCCUAGAGGCGGGUGCAGAUCCCAACGGAGUCAACUGCUUCGGAAGGCGCCCGAUCCAGGUCAUGAUGAUGGGCAGCACCCGCAUAGCAGAGCUGCUACUGCUCCACGGAGCGGACCCCAACUGCGCGGACCCCAUUACCCUCACCCGCCCCGUGCAUGACGCUGCUCGGGAGGGCUUCCUGGACACCCUGGUGGCCCUGCACCGAGCAGGGGCACGUCUGGAUGUGCGAGAUGCCUGGGGCCGCCUGCCGGUGGACCUGGCGGAGCAGCGGGGCCACCUAGAUGUCGCCCAGUACCUGUGCGCAGCUGCAGGAGACUGAUGGCCCGUUCGCCCAGCCGCGCACAAGGAUUUGACUUUUCUCCUCAGUUCCCCAUCCCCGACUUAGCCCAAAGAAGGCUGCAAACUAGGAGCGGCGGAAAACCUGAAAGCCUUCCUGGGCAACUAGAUUCCUCGUGGGAAAGGAAGGGCCGGCCGGAAGUAAAUUAUUUUUUUCUUCCUGAAUCUAACCUUCGACACUCUCCGUGAAGCCAAACUCAAGAGAGGUGGGGCAAGAGGAUUUUCAAUGAGAUUCUGGAGGGUAAUGUUUAGUUCCCAGGUUUACUUUUAAAGGGUUUUCUGGCAAAAAAAAAAAAAAAGUGUCAUAUGAAGAAGUCCACGAAUGACCCCCUAGUGAUGGGGGCAGAGUGGGAGGCACCAGUGCUUAGCAUAUGGUGGGAGGUUGAGAUGGUCAUCCCACGGACCUUGAAGCAGCCCCGAGUAAGCCCCCACUCCGGGCUUUAGGCCCUGGGGGCUAAAAGGGAAAACAUGAAGAGUGAAGACCAGAAGAUAAUGACGAUGGUCUCUGUGGGCUGCAGUAGGCACCCAAUACUUUACCGGCUGUGAGAGCAUGUGACCUGUAAAACGGUAUUCAGUGGAAGUCCUUGGAGACAGCGCCACCGGAUGGUGACGAAAAGAGAGGAUGCCCUUAUAUUUUAAAAUCCGUGGGUCACGUUGAUGCAAGACAACUGUCAGGAAGGGGCGGGCACUUGCUGCUUGUUAUUCAGUCCAGGAGAGCUUCCUGAGGCAUUUCAGAUGUCAGCGAACAUUAUGAAGUGGUGGGUUGUAGCGAAAAAAACUGUAGCGGUUAACUAAUGGCUGGCUUUUAUUUAUAUGAUAGGAUACAAAAACACCUCUGUAAAUCACCACUUGAAAUACUUCUGGGUUAUUCUUCAGUAACAGUCUUACUUAAUUGGGAGAUUUUAAACAACAAUGUAGGUAGCUCGUGACCCUUGGUAAAGUGAUGAGGAAGAACUAUCGCUCUUAAGUGGAGCUAUUGCACAGUGUCAACGCCUAGAUUACUUUCAUCCUUAACCUAUUUAUUUCCUUGUUAAAGUUUCUGUUUCCUUUCCUAGGCUGCCUCAGGGGACCAAACUAUGAAAUAUUCCAAAUGUCUUUUACAAGAUCAAUGCACUGAGCCAAUAAAUUGUCUCCAGAUAUUUCCCAAAGAUUACUAAAAAAAAAAAGAUUGAGUAUAAAAUUGUUGAAAAUACAUGAUUAUGACUCAUGGAAUGUCUUAAUAUCUGCUAAAGAUGCACUGCUUUGUGAUUUAAUUCCCAGUGUUGCUUGAUUCAUUACAGUAUUGAAACAACUGUUACUUCACUGCUUUAAUAAAGAAAAAGCAAUAAGGAUUGGACUCCAAGAUGUGGGUAAAUUAGCUUUAAAAAGUAUGUUCACGGAAUUACCACUAAUCCUGAGAAAUGUUAAAGACUCAAAAAUUUAUAAAAACUGGUUACACAUACAUUGAAAGAUUUACAUGUAGUAUGUGUGUUGUAUGAGACAAGAGGGAACAGAAAAUUUUAAUUUGAGAGGUUUAUAGGAAGAGGUGCCUUUGAGCUAAAUUAGAAAAUCUUUACCUUUCUAUCAAUUCUUUAUUCUGCAAAUGAAUAUUACUGGGGAAGCUUAGUUGGGAAUCAAUUUAUGUUGUUGGAAGAAAUAUAUAAGCAUUUAUUAACACAUAACUUGUCCCAGGCUUACUUUAAAAUUCAGUUGUUCAUUUAACAGUUAAGAUAAACUGGGAGAUAGGUAUUGUUUCCUGUAUCAGGAAAAUGAGAGAAACAUCAAGUGGCUCGUCAAAGUUCCCAAGAUAUUCGUUCCAGGGUUGUGAAAAGUAACUGUCUGGCUCCAAAGCUUAUGAUUUGGUUGGGCUGGGUUUUCUCAUUGCACUAUCCUGUUCUCCAAAAUGAUUAAUAAUAAAUAUAAAGUCAACUAAAAUCUUUGGAAGCAGAAAAUAUUACCAACGUUUGUGCAAAUCUCACUCCCUGACCUUCAUUCCAAGAUCUGGAAGUAAAAUAAAUUCCGAAUUCAUUUG